AUGAAAAAAGGAAUGCAAGUAUAUGUUCUAAUUUAUCUUAUAAUUUUUUUAGAGGGAUAUUUUUCUUUAUCUCUAUUUAGUACAAAUGUUUUUCAUAAAAAUUUUACUAAAACUGUAGAAAGACACCUACGAGAAGAUUAUGGAGACAAGGAUGUAGCCGUUUUUAGGGAAAUAAUAAAGAAUUACAAAAACGAUGAUGUAUUUUUGAGUCCAUCCGACGAAGAAAAGUUAAAGAUCUCCAUGAGAAAGUACGCAGGGGAUAGAUUCAUUCAAGAAUAUGAUAGUUUGAUGAAUGAGAAUUCGAAUGAUUCACAAAAAAUACUAGCUAAGUCCAUGAUAAAUUUAAUCAAACAACAAUUUAUAAAAUUGAAAGAAAUUGAAACACAAUAUGUUACACCAAAUUUUGAGGCAUACAAGGAAAUUACAAAACUAAAACCUUUAGCACAGGAGCUAGACGCGGAUACUCCCUGUAAUACCGAGGCGGAAUGCAAAAAACUAGAGAAUAUGAUGAACAUAUGCACAUAUGUUCGAAGUGGAGCAGAUUUUGCAUAUGACAUUUUUUUAGUUACAACACAUGUUGUGACUGUAAUGAUGGCUGUUUUAUGUGCCUGUAUUUUUAUUGGACCUGUACAUGUGUGUGCCUUAAAGAAUUUCCCGUACACAUGCAAGUUGCCUUACCCUGUCUUUUCAACCCUCUUUAUGGCUACAUCCUCUGUUUGGGAAGUGGUAAAAGCUUCUACUGCUUUAUGCAGAGUAUAUGGAGAUUUAUCAAUAAUGUCAAAAAUGGCAUGA